CAUCCACAAUCCCUGACACAUCUCUCCAGCCCCACGCCAUCACCGUCGGGAGCUAAACUGGGAGCGAACAGCGGGACCGGAUUCAGGAUUUAGCUUCAGCCUCCACUAUAUCGACACACACACCCACCGACUUUAACAUAUAUAAAUAUAUAUUAUACUAACGGGAAAAUCGCGAAAAUAACGGGGGUGCUGGAUACCGGGAGCACGGCAUGGGAGAGCACACGGCGUUUCUGCUGUUACUGGUGGCGACCUUGACGCUUUCCUCCGAGGUGCCCGCUGAUGACUCUGUGGGUUUGCUAACUGAGCCCCAGGUGGCCAUGUUCUGUGGAAAGCUCAACAUGCACAUCAACGUGCAGAGUGGCAAAUGGGAGCCUGACCCCUCCGGCACCAAGAGCUGUAUUGGCACCAAGGAGGGCAUCCUGCAGUACUGCCAAGAGGUGUACCCAGAGUUGCAGAUCACAAAUGUUGUGGAGGCCAACCAGCCUGUCAGCAUCCAGAACUGGAGCAAGAAAGGCCGCAAGCAGUACCGCAGUCACACGCACAUUGUGGUGCCAUACCGCUGCCUGGUCGGGGAGUUUGUGAGCGAUGCUCUGCUCGUUCCUGACAAGUGUAAGUUCCUGCACCAGGAGCGUAUGGACCAGUGUGAGAGCCACCUGCACUGGCACACUGUAGCCAAAGAGUCCUGUGGAGACCGCACCAUGAAUCUCCAUGACUACGGGAUGCUGUUGCCAUGUGGCAUCGACCGUUUCCGAGGAGUUGAGUUUGUCUGCUGUCCAGCGGAGGCAGAACGAGAGUCAGACAGCACAGAGCUAGAAGGGGAGGAGUCAGACGUCUGGUGGGGCGGAGCUGAGGCUGAAUACUCUGAUAACAGCAUGUCACGUCCGGCUGACACAGAGCAAGCCACCACAGAGGAUGAUGAAGACGAAGAUGAACAGGCUGAAACCUUUGAAAGGGAUGAGAACGGAGAUGGCGAUGAAGAUGAUGAGGAGGAUGAGGAAGACGAAGAAGACGUGAUCGAUGAACGGGAUAGUGACGAGCGCAGUGCUAACAUUGCCAUGACCACCACCACAACCACUACCACUGAAUCAGUUGAAGAAGUUGUUCGAGCUGUGUGUUGGGCUCGUGCUGAGUCAGGCCCUUGUCGUGCCAUGCUGGAGCGCUGGUACUUCGUGCCUGAGAAGGGCCGCUGUGCUCCCUUCUUGUUUGGGGGCUGUGGGGGCAACAGGAAUAACUUUGAGUCGGAGGAGUACUGCCUAGCUGUCUGCAGCAGCUCGUUGCCCACCAUGGCCCCCAGUCCUCCGGACGCUGUGGACCGAUACCUUGAAUCUCCUGGUGAUGACAAUGAACACGCUGACUUCCAGAAGGCCAAGGAAAGCCUGGAGGCCAAACACCGUGACAAGAUGUCCCAGGUGAUGAGGGAGUGGGAGGAGGCAGAGAGACAGGCCAAGAAUCUUCCUCGCGCUGACAAGAAAGCUGUUAUCCAGCACUUCCAGGAGAAGGUGGAGGCUCUUGAACAGGAAGCAGCAGGAGAGAGGCAGCAGCUUGUGGAAACCCACAUGGCCCGGGUGGAAGCUCUGCUCAACAGCCGCAGACGCCUUGCUCUGGAAAAUUAUCUCAGUGCCCUACAAGCCAACCCUCCACGGCCCCGUCAGGUGUUGAGUCUGCUGAAGAAGUAUGUCCGUGCAGAGCAGAAAGACAGACAGCACACGCUGAAGCAUUACGAGCAUGUCCGCACAGUCGAUCCUAAGAAGGCUGCACAGAUCCGACCUCAGGUUUUGACCCAUCUACGUGUGAUAGAUGAGAGGAUGAAUCAGUCAUUGGGUCUGCUUUACAAAGUGCCCACUGUGGCUAAUGAGAUUCAGAACCAAGUUGCGGUCAUAAUGCAGAGAGUGCAGUCUGAGCUGUCCCAGCAAGUCUCGUCCCUGCAAAGCGAUGGGCGGGUGGAUGGCAGGGUGAGUUACGGUAAUGACGCUCUGAUGCCUGAUCAGGCCUACAGCUCUGCUCCUAUGGACCCUGGCCUGGACGGACUUGGCUUCAUCCACCCUGAGAGCUUCAACCAGCCCAACACAGAGAACCACGUUGAGCCUGUUGAUGCUCGUCCAAUUCCAGAUAGAGGGCUGCCCACACGACCUGUAUCUGCCCUGAAGCCAGAGGAGAUGCCAGAAGUGCGGAUGGAGACUGAAGAGAGGCAAAAUGCUGGUUAUGAAGUUUACCAUCAAAAACUGGUGUUUUUCGCUGAGGAUGUUGGGUCCAAUAAAGGUGCCAUUAUUGGACUUAUGGUUGGAGGGGUUGUCAUAGCAACCGUCAUUGUCAUUACCUUGGUGAUGCUGAGGAAGAAACAGUAUACUAAUAUUCAUCACGGUGUAAUCGAGGUGGAUGCAGCAGUGACACCGGAGGAGCGUCAUCUGGCCAAGAUGCAGCAGAAUGGCUACGAGAAUCCCACCUACAAAUUCUUUGAGCAGAUGCAGAAUUAAAGAACUGCUCAUCAACAUUUUCUUCAGGCGUAUCCCAAACACCCACUCUCACCACUGGUAGGGUCUGUUCCACUCGGGUCCCUUGCCCUCAGCCCUUGCAGCUUCAGUUAGUCACCUUGUUUGAGGGGGGGGUGGAGGGGGGGUGGAAGGUGUGAAUAUUACUGCAGGCUGAUUUUUUACUCGUAUGAAAGUUAUGAAAAGAUAAGUGAUAUCUUUGUUUAAGUGAUAUCCAGUUUGAGUCUCAUUGAGGGGUUUGAGCCAAAGGAAACUGACAUGGAACAAAGCCUUCUUAAUCCCUGAUCCCUUGAUUGUACAGAGCAACAUUUGAACUUAGAUUUACCUGCAUUCAGUCAGACAAGGGAACCUUGCACAGUUCAGCCAAUCAGAACAAAAACGUCAUAGUGUUUGUCCUGAAAAGCCACCGCCCUGUUGACUAUUUAUAUGAAGUCACUGCAGUACUGCACUCACAACUGAGACCACAAACAUGUGUCCCCUGGCAGUUUAAUUCCCAGUUGCUCCUUCAUCGCUCUAACUUUCUGUUUGGUUUUCCUCAAACUGUCCCGUGCAUCCCGGCACCCCUGCUCUCAGAUGACAGCUGUGCUGUGCUUGAUGACGUAACAGCUCUCAGAGCUGGCAAAGGGAGGAGGGGCUCUCAGAGAGCCUCUCCGCACGAUUAAAGCCCAAGUGUUUCAGGUUUGUUUUUCAAAAAAGGAUUUAAAAAAAAAUUAAGAAAAAUAUACAUAAUCAAAAUAUGAAAAGGUUGAAAAAUAUUGAAUGCUUUGUUUUCCGAUUUUUUUUUUAUGUGUAAUAUAUUAAGACGGAGAUUAGCUGUAAGUAUAUGUAGUGCAUGGCAAUAUUGAUGACGGAUACAGUUAACUGUAUGUUGAGGUCCUCAGGAGCGGAUCUCUUACUAGACAUUUUAGCAGGAUUGUACAUUUGUAGUGUCUUCUUUGUGACCUUGUGAUAUGAAGAAGAAAAAGAGUAUUCAGAAUCUGGUCUGCUUUGUUGUCACACAGACUUGCUUUAACUGAAUCUUGGCUCUUUAUGCUCAUCUCCAUGCUUCACUGUUGUGUUAGCUGCAUGGGCAAAAUGCUCUAUACUGUAUGUAAUAUAUGAAGUGUAAUAGUAUCCGAAAGGAAGACGAUCGUGUUACUGUUUGCGUUCUAUGCACUCUGUCAUUUUGGAAGUCUGAUUAUUAUUAUUACCAAAUAUUGCUGUUACGUCCCUGAUGCCAGUUCGUCUCUGCACAUUGGGUUUUUCUUAGAAUGAGGUUCAAGGUUAAACUCUAGGCAGGUUUCCUGAAAGUGUAUCAUUCCAGAUUUAUCAUUCCAUUGUCUCUCUCUCUCUCUUGAGUGUAAAUAUUUGGAAGGCGGACAUUUGGCUCUCAGUGGCUGAGUUUUACAAUCAAGCUCCACCUCUUGGUCUUUCCCCUUGUUUUUGUGUUCUUCAGUCUCUCAUACUUCCGUUUCUCACACUUGUCCUCUCUUUCUGGCUGUGUCAGCAAUAUUGUACAGUGCAGCACUUUGGAGUCAGCGUGAAAGUAUUUGAUAAACUGUUGGGGCUUUUUGGGCCCACAAAAAUCAGAGCAGUUUUCUAGAUGGUCCCAUCUCCUCUCAUUUCUUCACCAAAAUCACUUAUACACAUUCUAUUUUUCUACAUUUCCUGUGUAUACAUGUACAGUGCACCUGUUUGUCCUGUGGUGGAUAUUUCUUUAUCUGUAUACCUGUUGUCUGGUCUCUUGAUAGUCCUUGCAAAGAGGUGAAGAAGUACCAUUAACAAUGGGAGGAUGACCACGUACAGACACAUUUCCCUCUCCCUUAAGUUAUUCACGCCACCCCUGGUAAACAUGAAUGUGACAUGCAUAUUGUGCAUUUAUACCACAGAAAUACAACACAUAUCACCUCUACACGUUAUAUCCACACCUGUACAGAAACACCAACUGAAGCUCUUAAUCAGGUGAAUGUUUAGACUUUGUAUUGAUGCUCACCCUGGGUGUCUUUGAAGGCUAGUGACAAAAAAAAAAAAGAUGUUUUUCUCUCAUUGAUUCAGUGACCUUCCUCUGUGUGUAGUUAAAUGAACCAUUUGCUUAGAGUAAGAAAAAGCUUUCUACACUCACUAUACCAUGAAUAAAAUUUUGAAUGUACAUAUAA